AUGGGGCUCAUCAAGGAUUCUAACGCCGACACCGCGGGCAUUAACCGUCUGGGAAUGUUCAGAGCAUACUAUCUAGGCGCCGUCGUCUGCAUAAGCGGCUUCCUUUUCGGCUAUGACAGUGGGAUAAUUGGCGGAGUGCUCACGUUGAAACCAUUCGAACGCGACUAUCGCUACACAGCGAAACAAGCUACUCACGUGUCCUCCCUCGCCGUGUCUCUUCAAAACCUUGGUGCAUUUGUGGCUUGCUUGAUCAUCUUGCCCAUCACGCACCGCUAUGGAAGAAAAUGGGCCAUCGCGACAUGUGCGCUCAUCUUCUGCGUCGGCGCGGCAAUUGAAACUGGCAAUACACACAGUAAGGGUGCAUUCUACGUUGGUCGAGUGAUUGCUGGUCUGGGUUUGGGAGGUACAACUGUGGUAGUCCCCAUGUUCAGCGCGGAGAUGUCGCCUAAGCAGGUUCGUGGACAAAUCGGCUCGUUCUACCAGCUCAUGUAUACACUUGGCAUUUUUACGAGCUACUGGGUCAAUUGGGGUGUUGCUCGAGAUAUCUCCAGCUCGAAGACCUCGCAGUGGCAGGUCCCGGUUUCUCUACAGAUAUUGUGGGCUGGACUGCUUGGACUUGGCAUGUUCACGCUGAAAGAGAGCACGCGAUGGCUAACAGCCGUUGGUCGUCACGAGGAGGCAUGGGAAAGCCUUAAAUGGGUCCGCGCCGACGACGGACCGGCAACGCAAGUGGAGAUGGAGGAGAUUAGGCGCGGUGUUGAGAUGGAAGCACAUGCGGGAGAGGGCUUUAGACUCUCGGAGAUGGUUCAAGGCAGCAAUCUAAGACGCACGGUUACGGCCAGCUCGGUCUUCAUCGCUCAGCAAGCGACUGGUGCCACCGCUUUCGCAUACUACGCCCCACAGUACUUCAAGCUGCUCGUUGGCAACAAGGGCAACUCCGACCUCCUCUUGACCGCGAUCUUCGGUGCUAUAAAAUUCGCAGCUUGCUUGAUCUUCGUCAUCUUCGUCGCAGACAAUGUCGGCCGCCGUAACAUCCUGACAGCUGGCGCGCUCUUUAUGUCUGCUUGUCAGAUCUCUGCUGGUGCUGUGCUUGCAACACAUCCAGCACCUGGCAAUAGCGAAGUAACACAAUCCGGCAUAGCAACAAUUGCACUCAUCUAUAUGUUUGUCAUUGCAUAUAACUUCUCGUGGGGCCCGUUACCGUGGCCCUACGUUAGCGAGAUCUUCCCUACGAGGACCCGCGAGGCUGGCAUAGCCGUUGGCGUGGCCAGCCAGUGGCUCUUUAACUUCGUCUUCAGCUUGACGACGCCUUAUAUGAUUGCCAACAUGGGGUGGGGCACGUUCUUGCUCUGGGGCCUAUUUGACCUCUGUAUUGCAGGAUUCGCUUGGUUCGCCCUAGCGGAGACGCAAGGCCGGUCCAUUGAGGAGAUCACGAAUCUAGACAGUAACACCGCGGGAAAGCCGAUGCUUCACGAGGAGGACUCGGAUGCGGUAAAUGGAGGCUUACCAGAAGUGAAGGGUUGA